AUGGUGCGCAAGCAUGGCAGUCUUGUGCAUGACGAGGAGCUCAAUACGGCUGCUUGGGUAGCUGCUCGAGGAGCCGGUGUCGGAGCAGCAAAGUGGGGCAUUCUCAGCGCCGCAGCAGCAGGCCUGGGCUUCGCCUUCAGCCCGAUAUAUCGUUCGUUGACUUUCCAGUUCAAGGUCUUCCUUCAAAUGAGCGGAAUGACAAUCGGGUCCAUGAUCGAAGCCGACAAGCGUCUCCGUGCUCAUGAACGGCUAGUUCGACGAGAGAAGACGAUCGCACGGGACGCCGAAGUCUGGCGACGAUACGAAGAGGACUACCUCGACAAAGCUGCUACCGAGAGGAUGCAGCGGCAGCAGCAGCAGCAGCAGCAGAGAGACACGAAGUAA